AUGUGCUUUAGUCACAGUGGAAGACUGAGGACACAUCAACGAAUUCACAUAGAGGAGAAACCAUUUAAAUGUACUGACUAUCGAAAGAGCUUCAGGGAAAAUGGAACUCUUAGAAAACAUCAACGAACUCACACAGUGGAUAAACCAUUUGAAUGUAUUGAAUGUGCAAAGUGCUUCAGUCGAAAUGGAAAGCUUAGAAUACACCAACGAACUCACACGGGGGAGAAACCAUUUCAAUGUAUUGAGUGUGGAAAGAGCUUCAGUGAAAGUAGAGCACUAAGAAAACAUCAACGAACUCACACGGGGGAGAAACCAUUUAAAUGUCUAGAAUGUGGAAAGAGCUUCAGUAGAAGUGAACACCUUAGAAUACACCAACGAACUCACACGGGGGAGAAACCAUUUGAAUGUAUUGAAUGUGGAAAGCGCUUCAGUGUAAUUGGAAACCUUAGAAAUCAUCAACGAACUCACACGGGGGAGAAACCUUUUAAAUGUAUUGAAUGUGGAAAGUGCUUCAGUCGAUAUGGAACACUUAGAAUGCACCAACGAACUCACACAGGGGGGAAACCAUUUAAAUGUAUUGAAUGUGGAAAGUGCUUCAGUCAAAAUGGAACACUUAGAUUGCACCAACGAACUCACACGGGGGAGAAACCAUUUGAAUGUAUUGAAUGUGGAAAGAGCUUCAGUGGAAGUGGAGACCUUAGAAGACAUCAACGAACUCACACGGGGGAGAAACCAUUUAAAUGUAUUGAAUGUGGAAAUAGCUUUAGUAGAAAUGAACACCUUAGAAUACACGAAGGAACUCACAUGGGGGAGAAACCAUUUAAAUGUAUUGAAUGUGGAAAGUGCUUCAGUCAAAAUGGAACACUUAGAUUGCACCAACGAACUCACACGGGGGAGAAACCAUUUAAAUGUAUUGAAUGUGGAAAGAGCUUCAGUCGAUAUGGAAGCCUUAGAAGACACCAACGAACUCACAUGGGGGAGAAACCAUUUGAAUGUAUUGAAUGUGGAAAGGGCUUCAGUGGAAGUGGAGACCUUAGAAGACAUCAACGAACUCACACGGGGGAGAAACCAUUUAAAUGUAUUGAAUGUGGAAAGCGCUUUAGUCAAUAUGUACACCUUAGAAAACAUCAACGAACUCACACGGGGGAGAAACCAUUUAAAUGUAUUGAAUGUGGAAAGUGCUUCAGUCAAAAUGGAAGACUUAGAUUGCACCAACGAACUCACACGGGGGAGAAACCAUUUGAAUGUAUUGAAUGUGGAAAGCGCUUUAGUCAAUAUGUACACCUUAGAAAACAUCAACGAACUCACACGGGGGAGAAACCAUUUAAAUGUAUUGAAUGUGGAAAGUGCUUCAGUCAAAAUGGAACACUUAGAUUGCACCAACGAACUCACACGGGGGAGAAACCAUUUAAAUGUAUUGAAUGUGGAAAGUGCUUCUGUCAAAAUGGAACACUUAGAUUACACCAAUGA